GGUAGCUAAGGUUAUGGGGCUGUUGCGGAAACAAAAGUCCAAAAUGUAUAGAUUUUAUCAUCUCCUUACUAACUUGACCUCCAUCCUUAAGGACAGAGUGUACUAGAAACCACAGCGUACUUUUAUCACCACGACAAUCUUCGCGCAAUUAAUUGUCAAGACAGAGCGUAAAGGGUAUUAAGGCACUACAGCAGCACAUCACUGGACACAGAUGAUCAUCCGUUCACUCUCGAUAAGGUAGUUCAAAGAGUAAGAGCCGAUGGAAGUGAUAGAAGAUAGUAGUUGUUGUAUCUACAACUUACUAGAAUUCAAAUUCUUUCAACUGACUCUGUCUUUGAUUAUAUUGUAUCACAUCAGAUGAAGAUGUAAAUUAAUCUAAAAAGAGUACAACAACAUUCGGGGAGGACGCUCAUGGCGCCCCUCUGUUGUGGAGCAUACCCACUGUGCAUCACCGCUUGCGACGGGACAGAAUCCUAGCAUCAAGAAUCGCUGGUGGACCUCCACUUAGAUUGUCAUGAUGGAGUAUCUUCAGAACCAAAUACCCGUCGUGGUGCUCCUUCUGCAUUG